AUGUUUGUCCCCCUGCCGGUCCCCUUCGUCUUUCAGAGAACAGCGUCCGACUUCAGCGCCUGGAGACUCAAGUCCUCGCUGGCUCAGCGGUCCAGCCCCGAUAUCAGGAUGUCUAAAGCAGCAGAGGAGGAGAAACCUGGGGCUGACUAUCCAGGGGAUAGCUCAGACUCUGACAGAAACAGCCCCGAUGACCAGGUCCAACCGAUGAAAACCAGCCCCUACAGCCUCUCUCCCACACCGGCUGGCAGCAAGGGAAAGACAGAGGAGAGCUCUGAGAUGAUCCAUAGUGCCCUUCCUCCUGCUCCUACUUCACAACAGCAGCAACAGCAGCAACAGCAGCAACAGACCCAACACCACCACACACAGAUGAUGCUGGCUGGCAGUCAGCUAGCAGGACUUGCCGCUCUCCUCCCAGCCCAGCAGCAACUGCUCCUCCAACAGGCUCAAGCUCAGCUCCUGGCAGCAGCCGUUCAGCAGUCCAACGCUGCCCACGCCGCUCACGCUGCCGCGCAGCAACAGGCCAACCAGCAACAGCAGCAGCAGAACCAAUCACAAUCUCAGCAGCAGCAGCAACAGCCAACCAAACAGGAGCAAACUGUCCAAGCCCAGCAUCCACAGCUGGCUCUGUCGCAGCCAAUCCAGCUCACGGCCCAGGACAUCCAGCAGCUUCUGCAGCUCCAGCAGCUGGUUUUGAUGCCAGGUCAUCCUCUCCAGUCUCCUGCCCAGUUCCUCCUGUCUCAGCCCACACAGGCACAGCAGCAACAGCAGGCUUUGCUCUCGACACAAAAUCUGAUCCAGCUACCUCAGCCAAGCCCAGGAGGACUUCUGACAACCCCACCUCGCCUGGGACUCCAAGCACAGAGGGAGAAGAGCAGCGAUGUCGUUGGUGGAAGCAGCAGCGGAGGCGGCUCCAUAGUUACCACCGUCGGCAGCGGCGUUGGCGUCGUGACGUCUGUAGGAGCCUCAGCGUCAGGCAGCUCCAUGGCUUCCUCGUUGUCCUCCGGAUUGACUCCUGGAAGUCACGGGGGUCAUACGGGUCACGGGGGUCACCUGGGGGAAGAGCCCAGCGACCUGGAGGAGCUGGAACAGUUUGCCCGCACUUUCAAACAACGGCGCAUCAAGUUGGGAUUCACCCAGGGAGACGUCGGCGUGGCGAUGGGCAAACUGUACGGUAACGACUUCAGCCAGACCACCAUCUCCCGCUUUGAAGCCCUCAACCUGAGCUUUAAAAACAUGUGCAAGCUGAAGCCACUGCUCGAGAAGUGGCUGAAUGAUGCAGAAACCAUGGCAGUAGACAACAUGCUCCCCAGCCCCUCCUCUCUCUCCUCCCCCUUGUUGGGUAUGGAGGGUCUACCCGGCCGACGCAGGAAGAAACGCACCAGCAUCGAGACCAACGUCCGUGUGGCACUAGAGCGCAACUUCUGCUCGAACCAGAAGCCUACCUCGGAGGAGAUCCUGCUGAUGGCGGAACAGCUCAACAUGGAGAAGGAGGUGAUUCGCGUUUGGUUCUGCAACCGCCGGCAGAAAGAGAAACGCAUCAACCCCUCCAGCAGCACCACCCCUCCCCUGCCCAGCCAGACCUCGCCUGUUGUGACGCACAAAGCCUCUUGCUACAGCCCGCACAUGAUAUCGACUCAUGGUCUGUCCCAGGUCACCACCAGCCUCAGCACAACAGCCGCAAGUUUGUCACCUUCAGCAUCCUGCCCCAUGACUCCGAUCAGCUCGGCCGCUAUAGGCUCCAUCUCUUCUUCUGUGAACACGCCCCCUCAUAGCACAGCCAGCCCCGUCCCCGCCAGCCUCGGCACCCAUGGGCUCAACACUGGGAACACAAUGAUGGGAGUAAGCACAGGGAUGAACCAGGCCCUCAUUGGCAGCAAUCCCCUGGCUACCAUGCAAGCUCUAGCAGCCAGUGGCAGUCAGCUGUCCAUCUCCGGCCUCGAUGCGGGAGCAGGUCACAUACUUCUGGGUGGACCCGGGGGCCGUUCUUCCCUGUUCCUCAACCGCCCCACCCUCCUCCCCAUGGUGACAGGCUCCAUGGCAACAGCCUCCACGCCUGCAAUGGGACUGGUCAGCAGCAGCAUGUGUGGUCCGAGGCUGUCCCUAACCCAAUCUCCGCCCGCCGGUGCCAGCCACCUUGUGAGCCCGACUUCGUGCCACGAGGAGUCCGCCUCUCCUUGUUCAAGUCCCGCCUCUUUCUGUUCCUUCAGCGAAGCCUCACCUCCGCCCCUGGGAGGGGCCAUGGCCGAGUGA